CCCACCACCCCUUCAAUUCUUGCGUUUCUUAUGAAUUCACCCCUCUCUGUUGUUUCUUGAAAACCCCAGAGAUCUUCAGCCUAGCAGCGCUUCCUUUUCCCGUGUUUAUAAAGUUUUUUUUUUGUAACUGGGUUUUAGAUUUCUUGGUAACGAGGUUGCAGAAGAAGAAGAAGAAGAAGAAGAAGAAGAGAAAGAGAGGGGAGUUUCUGGGUAUUCAUAGAGAGAGGGAAAGAAAAGAAAUAAAGAGUAAAAAUGGGUGAUCACAACCACCAACCACCGCAGCCAGAGGCGGCUCAUCCGCCGCCGGUGAUGCCGCUCGGUGCAGCAAGAGGCCCAAUUUACCCUCCCGCCGAGCAGCUUCUUCAGCUUCACUACUGCAUACACUCCAACCCUUCCUGGCCUCAAACUUUCUUGCUGGCUUUCCAACACUAUGUGGUUAUGCUUGGAACAACAGUGAUGAUUGUGAACCUGCUUGUGCCUCGUAUGGGUGGGGGUGCGGGUGAUAGGGCCCGUGUGAUUCAAGCCUUGCUAUUUACAUCUGGAGUGAAUACACUUCUCCAGACGCUUCUUGGGACACGGCUUCCGACAGUCAUGGGUCCUUCUUUUGCUUAUGUUAUAUCAGCACUGUCAGUCAUAAAUGAUUUUUCUGAUGGUUACUUUUCUUCUCCGCAUGAGAGAUUUCUCCACACAAUGAGAGGCAUACAAGGUUCGCUAAUUGUCUCUUCGUUUAUUAAUAUCAUUCUUGGCUAUGGUCAGGUCUGGGGAAAACUUACAAGGCUCUUCAGCCCAGUAGUUAUAGCUCCGCUGGUAUCUGUUUUAGGUCUUGGUUUAUUUGCAAGGGGCUUUCCAAUGGUAANAUUGCUUUGAGCCACAUUUUCCUUUCCUUAACAGGAAAGUAAGUGCAAACUCUAUUGUGAAAUUUGCACUAAAUAAUACUAAAACAUAUCU